AUUGGUGAAACGUCAACCUGGAGCACAUUGUGACAUGUGUUUAUCAAAAAUAGAACAUAAAUAUAUAUAUUCUAAUCGCGCUAAUUUUACAAUUUAAGUAAAUUACAAUAAUAAGAAAUAAAUGUUAAUUAUUAUUAAUGUGUUUUAACUUUUAACCUCAAAUCUGUACUUUCUCGAUGUAUAUACGUUGACUUCAAAAUGAGUUAUAUUUUAAGAGUUUAUCAGAAAUUAUUAUCCCGGUUUCCUCUGGGAAUGCAAGCCGUUCAAGCAGGCACUUUAAUGGCACUUGGAGAUCAAAUAGCGCAAAAUUUAGUUGAAAAACGAACAUUUGAUUCUUUGGAUUUUAAACGUACAGCAGGAUUCGCAGGAAUAGGUUUUUUUCUUGCUGGGCCAGCUACUAGAACUUGGUAUGGAAUUCUCGAUAAAUAUAUCGGUUCCAAAGGGGGAAUAGUAACAUUAAAAAAAGUUGCAUUCGAUCAAUUACUUUUUGCACCUGUUUUCCUUUGUGCUUUAAUUGUAGUAAUUGGAAUUUUACAGGGGAACGAAAUCGAUAAUAUUAAAUUGAAACUGAAAAAUGAAUAUCCCGAUAUUCUUGUUAGCAAUUAUAAGUUAUGGCCUGCAGUACAAUUAUUAAAUUUUGGCAUUGUUCCACUACAGUAUCAAGUAUUAGUUGUUCAAACAGUAGCUCUUUUGUGGAACACUUAUAUUUCUUACAGGACCAAUAGAGAUAAAAAUUAAUCUUUUAAAUCGUCAUAUUAACUAUUCAAAAUAAAAGUUUUGCCAUAUA